AUGAAUUAACAAGAACAGGAAUUCCUUUAGACUCUCAAAUAAUGCUAAAAAAUGCAUUGGAUCUAAUCUAAAUAAUUGCCAAAUUUGAAAAUAUUUUAUACAGGAACAAAUAGCUUCUACUAAAGAGGUGAUAUAGUUUUUGAUUUCCUACUCCCUCUGAAUUCCUCAUUGGAUGAGAGAGUCUAAUAUUUUAGAAUUGGGAAAGAAUAGUUAUCUGAUGGAAGCUUAAUUGAGAGAUGCAAAUUCAAAAAUUAAAUAUAUUCUCUUAAAUAUAAAUAUCACUAUUUCAAAAUUAAUGAAUCCACUUAAGGAAUUCACAGAAAGUAUGAUGAUUGGAUUAUGGUUUAACAAUUAGUGUUUUAUAAAGUAGAAAAAUCAAGAACAACUUUAACAAUCCUAUAACAUCUAAAAUCAUAACCAAAUUAUAGUUUUUUAAAGUUUUUACGAGAAUGCAUUAUUAAUUACUCAAGUUUACAAGUAGCAGAAUUAUUUGAAAAAUAAUCGAUCUAAUCAGAACUACGUUUAGAUGAAGAUGAGGAAGAAUUAAAUAAAUAUGUAUGCAACUAUAAUGACACAAAUGAAUUUUAACCUAAAGAAACUGAUGAAAAAUAUAUCAAUGAACAUUAUCGGUAUGAUAUAUUCUUACUAAAUGAUAGAGUAACUUAGUUAGAUUAAGAAGACUAAGAUAUUUAUUAUAAACUAUUUUAAAUUGUAAGUGAAUACAAGCUCUCAAAUGGCUCAUUGCAAGAGGGUGUAAUUAUAGCAAUUUGUAAUUUUAGAUUCGAUAUCAAUGCUUCAUAUGCAGCCAUAAUGAAUUGGAUUGAAUGGAGAAGACAACACAGAAUCAAUCGUUUAUCGGCAAAAUAAUUUCCAGAAUUUAAAGGAAUCUUGGAUAUUGUGGGGGAAAGCAAGUGUGGUAGAUAAGUUGUAUAUACAAAGCAGUCUAAAUUGUAACCUGAUAAAAUAGAUCUCGAGAGAUAUAAAUGGUAUUUCAUCGGUUUUCUAGAGGAUGUCUGUAGAUCUUGCAAAGGAUUCGUAGAUUCCUAUAUUACCAUUUUAGAUGUAGAUGGAUUUGGCUUUUCCAAUUUCGAUCUCCAAAUGACCAAAAGCCUUUUGAAUAUGGUGCUACAGUUUUUUCCAGAGAGAUAAAAUAAGGUGUUUAUCAUUAAUAUGUCUGGUUUUGUAAUGGGAUUUUAUAAAAUGUUAAAGCCUUUCUUACCUACAAGGACGAAUGAUAAACUAAUCUUUUUGGGAAAAGACAAAUAAGAAAUAUAAAAGACUUUGAUUGAACAUCUUGGAUUUAGUAUAGACUUUGAAUGA